AUGCUCUCGAGGGAUGCCCUGCGCGGCUUGAUCCGCUCCUACACCGCUGCCGCACCUCCAGCACGCGCAACCCGCUCGUUCGCGUCGACCGUGCGCCGGCGAAACGUCGUCAACGAACUCGAGCAGAGGGGCAUGCUCGCAGAGCUCACCAGCCAACGCGCACGUCAGCACGUCGAGUCGCCAACGACCGUCUACCUCGGCGUCGACCCGUCGGCUCGCUCGCUCCAUGUCGGCAACCUGCUCGCCCUCAUCGGCCUGCUCCACUUCCGCCUCCAGGGUCACAACGCAGUCGCUCUUAUUGGCGGCGCAACCGGCGCCAUCGGCGACCCAUCCGGCCGCUCGACCGAGCGCAACGCCCUUUCGCCCGACACGCUCGCCGCCAACGUCGAGGGCAUCACCAAGCAGCUCACGGCCUUUCUCGACCGCGGCGUCGCGUUUGCCCAGUCGCGCACCCGGCCACGGUUCGGCGGCGACGGCGGCGAGGGUGCGGACGAGAAGAGCGAGGGCUCGGUGCGGAUCGUCAAUAACUUGGACUGGACGGGCGACAUGAGCUUGCUCGAGUUCUUGAGCACGGUGGGCAAGAUGGCGCGCGUGUCGACCAUGCUCUCUCGCGAGAGCGUCAAGUCCCGCCUCGACUCGUCAUCGGGCAUCUCGUUCACCGAGUUCUCGUACCAGCUCCUCCAGGCGCACGACUUUCUGCGGCUGCACCGCGACCUCGGGUGCACGAUGCAGCUCGGCGGCUCGGACCAGCUCGGCAACAUUGUCAGCGGCGUCGACCUCAUCCGCCGGGCCAACUUUGUCGACGCGGCCGGGUUGGCGGGCGAGGGCGCGAGUGGUGGCGCGAGCGGCGACGAGGCGAGGGACGACCCGGCGUUCGGGCUCACGUUCCCGCUGUUGACGACGGCGGCGGGCGACAAGUUUGGCAAGAGCGCCGGCAACGCCGUGUGGCUCGACCCGAGCAUGACGUCGCCGUUUGACCUGUACCAGUUCUUCCUCCGCACGACCGACGACGAGGUCGACAAGUACUUGCGCAUCUUUACCUUUAUGCGCAUCGGCGAGAUCGAGGGCAUCAUGUACGACCACAAGGCGCGUCUCGCCUCGCCCCCCUCGCCUCGCCUUUCUCGACGUCCCUGA